GGCGCCUGCUGCCUGCUGCCCGCCGUCCUUGCCAAGCAUUUACCACUCACUCACUCACCCUCUUCCUCCCUCAAUUCCUCCUCCUCCGGUCCUCCCCCCUGCUGCUGCUGCUCAUCAACACCGGGGGCGAGUUGAGGGAGAAGAAGAGCACAAGCAAGCAACCGCCGGCGCAGCAGCAGAGGCACCCCUCGGCCCUCGCUCCCAUGCCGCUUCCGCUUUCCCUUUCCCCUGCAGCCGGCCGCUUCCUUCCAGCCCUGCCCGGCGUCUUCCUCGCCGACCCCUGUUGCUGCCGCUGCAAGGACGCAUCGACGAGAUGCAGAUAGGAGCAGGUGCAGGUUGUAACGGAAAGGAUAGUGAAGGAGGAGAUCACAAGGUGGCAUUGAGGCAGAAGAAAUUGAAGGAAAAGUCGUUCAAGUGGAGAUCAACCAAUAGCGACAUGAACAAGGUAGAGGCAGGGGAGUCUGAUGAAGUAUACGAUGAUACAGUCCUCUGCUCUCUAUCUACAGCAAGCUUCAGCAGCUUGGUUAGUCGGAAAAGAGUGAGGAACCUUGGAAAGGUGGCUGAGCAUUGUGAUGCUGUCGAUCCUCCAGUUCCAAGAAAGUUAAGAUCAGCCAUAAAGAAGCGAGUCGGUCGAUUUGUUUCUGCAUCAUCUCGGCAUGUCAAAAAGAGACGUAAUCUUUCGGCUAUCAGUGCUCAAAUUUCUUUUGUGGACCAGAAAACAAGAUUCAAUGGAAGCUCGUUAUUUACAGAAGAGGAGGAAGUAAUCGCCGAUGUUUUGCUGUCCCUAUCUCAAAUAUCCUCUCUUAGUGAGCUCACGGUUGACAAGGCUACAGCAGAUAGCUCAAAUCUAAAUGUUGCUUCAACUUCUUAUUCAGAAGGUGCUACUAAGGGGGGUGACGACAUUGUCAUACUGCCAAGUCCUGCUAAUGAUUUGGCUAGCCAAGCUACCUGCAUAGAUAAAGAAGUAGGGCGAACCAACAGCGUUCCACAUGCAAAUCCAGUGCCUGGUGCUACAGAUCAAUCGAGCAACAUAAACCCACCUUCGUCAGAAAAUGAGCAAAUGCAGGAUCUUUCUUUGGGAACUGUUGUGAAUUUGCCAAGCCCAUCUAAAGACUCCUCCAACAACAGCACGCCAAAGCAGCAGAAAGUGCGGUUUGAUGAUAGCCAGAGUUAUGCAGCAAAGAAACCAGAGGCUCCUCUUUGGCUGGUGAAUUCUAAUAAAUCUGAUAUCUCGCCACAUGAGAGAGAAAAGGCCAAGAAUAUUAGCGCACAAGAAAUUGUGCCUCUGAGCCAGACUCCACUGCCUCGUACCGCAGAUGGGUACUUAAUAAAGCCUUCAAGCAAAUUGACAGCUCACAAAAAUACUACUUCUCAAGCCUCCAAAUUUACAGCACCUGUAAAUCAGGACAAGUCUUAUCUGCAGCCUUCGCUGGUUAAAAAUGUCGGCUCAACAAAGGCAUGGAAGAGGAGUAUCACCCAUGUCUACGUGAGCCAUGUGAUCCAGAUGCAUAUGAACAAGGAGAAGGCAUCCCAAAACCAAGUGAAACCGGAGGAAACCCCACUCGCCCGCUCCUCAAGGUCUCCAAACGGCUCCACCAUUCCCAAGAACAACCCACGGGAUGAGAAGUUCUACACCGUGCACUUCGACGUGCAGGCCCCGGUUCAGCCAUCUGCUGGCAUGGGCGACACGAGUGCUGGCCGGCAAAAGAUUGUCAGUGGUAAUUUCCUGAACCUGCCCACUUCGACGGCGUUACCGCCGGGCACGCAGCAUCUUCAGUAUCUGCACCCCCAGAUCGCGCCCCGGGGAGCGAUGCCGUACCCGUUUCCUCAUCUUCCCUACAGCAGAGGGCAUUUGGCACCUGCUGCAGCACUCCAACAGAUGCCGCAACAGUACAUGAGCAGCAUGGGCUACGCUCCGCGCCCCGGCCUCCCGGCGAGCUUGUCGGCCAUGAUGAAGACGCUCCACCAACUGAUACCAACCCAGCAGCAGCAGCAGCAGCAGAUGUGGCAGUACCAUGUUUCUCAGUACCAGCCGAGGCCGGACGGCACACCGCCGCCGCCGGCAGCGUGGCACAACAUGCCCUCACUGCGGCCGACGAUGGCCAUGCUCCCUCCCCCGGCGAUGCCGCCGCAGAUGGAGCUCUUCUGCGCGCCGUACCAGGGCGGCGGCUGGCAGCCGCAGCAGCUCAGGUUGAUGUAGCCUUCUAGUGUUAGAUAUACACUACUACUGAUUCAGUAUAUAUGUAACCAGGGAGAAUGCUGCUGAGGUUAAACUUACAGCAAUGUCAGGAAAGGAAUCCAUGCUACUUCUUGUGUGAUAACUUGGUGAUGAAGAAGGGUUGUGCUAGAGGCUAGAGCUGAACCGGGGGCUGAACUGUAAUUAACAAAAUUUACCAUGCCCAGCUCCAGCUGCAUAACACAAGACAAGGCUCUCUGUCAGUUUAAGCUCUU